CCCCCAUCACAGAUGGGCUGCUCCACUUCCCUCCUCCCUGCGGUCAGAUGGUCGGGCCCGGGCGGAGCCGGUGCUGUGCCCCCCCCCGAGCCGGCCCCGCCAUGAACUGCCGCGCCGAGGUGCUGGAGGUGUCGGUGGAGGCCCGGCAGGUGGAGGAGGCCAUGCUGGCCGUGCUGCACACGGUGCUGCUGCACCGGAGCACCGGCAAGUUCCACUACAAGAAGGAGGGCACCUACUCCAUCGGCACCGUGGGCACGCAGGACGUGGACUGCGACUUCAUCGACUUCGCCUACGUCCGGGUCUCCUCCGAGGAGCUGGACCGAGCCCUGCGCAAGGCGGUGGGGGAGUUCAAGGAUGCGCUGCGCAGCUCGGGCAGCGAUGGGAUGGGGCAGAUUUCCCUGGAGUUCUACCAGAAGAAGAAGUCGCGUUGGCCCUUCUCGGACGAGUGCAUCCCCUGGGAGCUGUGGACCAUCAAGGUGAACGUGGUGAACCUGGCCAACGAGCAGGAGCGGCAGAUCUGCCGCGAGAAGGUGGGAGAGAAGCUCUGCGAGAAGAUCAUCAACAUCGUGGAGGUGAUGAACCGCCACGAGUACCUGCCCAAGAUGCCCACGCAGUCGGAGGUGGACAACGUCUUCGACACCAGCCUCAAGGAUGUGCAGCCCUACCUCUACAAGAUCUCCUACCAGAUCACGGACACGCUGGGCACCUCGGUCACCACCACCAUGCGCCGCCUCAUCAAGGACACUCUGGCCCUGUAGGUGCCACCAAGGCAGCUUCACCUGCCCCUGGCUCUUUGGGACCUCGGACCCCUCCUCCCCACCUCCAGAAAGCCUCUGCCAGGAGCUGGACUUGGCCUGGGCCUUAAUUGGGGGUUGCUGCUUGUUUGUUUUGCACCACGGGGCACUUGCCCGGCCUGGAGAACCGGCUCCACAGCUCCCAGUGUGGCUGAGGGCUGCUGGGUCCUCAGUGGGAGCUGGGAUGGCUUCCAAACCCCGGCCAGCCCUGCCUGUGCCGGCCCUCCAGCCCUCUCUGUGCAGCACAGCCAGUGCUGUCCCUGUCUGUCCCCUGUGGUGGCACCCCCAGGGACGAGCUGCUGCCCCCCCGGGGGCAACAAUAAAGUGUUCCUCCUUUCCUAUGGA